AUAAACUAGGGCACCACUGAGGUCUAUAGUUCUAUGUUGAAAAGUUGGAGCAUAAAGGCGGAAGUGAGAAAAGGCUAAAGUGACUGUGAGAUAAAAUGCCAGAGACUAAGCUGAAAUCGGGAAAUGCAGGAGACGACACACACUUACGUGUGAUGGAUAUCGAUGGCUACAUUAUCCCCACAUUUCCUUUCCAGGAUCAUGAAAAACACUUCCGGUCAAUGCCAGGCUGGAGAGCACGAGAAGAUGACAUCAUAAUCAGUGCCUAUCCAAAAGCCGGGACACAUUGGUUAUGGGAAGUCGCGAGCAUGUUGGUCCGUCACAAAGCAGAGCGUAUUCCGGAGAUAAAGGAGACUGCCAUGAUGGAGGGUCUUACGGAAGAAACGUUCGACAACAUGUCGUCCCCCCGAGUCAUAAACACACAUGUCUAUUUCAAGUAUCUACCCAAGGACUUCUUUGAUAAGAAGUGUAAAAUCCUGUACAUCAUUAGAAAUCCAAAAGAUAUUGCUGUUUCAUUUUACAAUCAUCACAGAAAACUUUUAGAAUACGAGUUUGAUGGAGCAUGGGAGGAUUAUCUCAAACGAUUUAUUAAGGGAAAAGUUGAUUAUGGGUCCUGGUUUGACUACACUCUAGAAAUGGAAAAGUUCAUGGAGGAAAACCAAGAUUACCCUAUCCAUGUGUUGUAUUAUGAAGAUAUGAAGGAGGACAGUAUUAAAGAAAUUAAAAGACUAGCAGGCUUUUUGAAUGUGGAAGCGAGUGAUGAGUUGGUCACACAAAUUAACAGUCUCUGUCAGUUUGACAAAAUGAAAAACGAGAAAAACUCUGGAGAAGAUCUCUCAGAAUGGAGGGAUAACAACCCAGGGAUGUACAGGAAAGGACAAGUUGCAGAUUGGAAGAAUUGGUUCACUGUUGCCCAGAAUGACAUGUUUGACUCAAUUUACAAGGAGAAAAUGAGCAAUUCGAAAGUUCAAGUCAGAUUCUCUAUCUGAAUACACUAUCUAUGCAAUUACUUUUUUUAUUAUUAAGGAUGCGUAGCUUUCUAAAGAAACAUAAGAAAGCAAUUAAAACUGAAAAGAAAACAACGAACAACAACAAAACUACAAAAACAACGAAACGUUAACUUGUACUUUUUUGUUGUUGUAGAUGUAUGCUGGGUAGUCAGAUACCAGUAAUUAUUGUAACAUGUCAAAUUAAUGACUACAUGUAUAUACUUCUAUUAAGCUACAAGUAUACGGUGAAGUAGCAGUUACUUAUUGUAAGAUAGUAAUCGUUAAAUUAAACACUUAUUUAAAAUUAUUGGCUGAAACUAGGUUUAGUUAUGUUUAGAUAUGAUAUACUGCAAUAUAGAAAUAUACCUUCUUGUAUUAAGGUGUAGUACUGUGAGAGAGCUGUAAAGAGGUAUUUCUCAGAAAUAAACAGAAUGUGGAAAUAAUUGGUAGAAUAUUCUUUUGUACAAUAAACAAUCGGUCCAACGUAGCAAGCUGCAUUCAUGUACAGAUAUUUCUCAUUAGUAUAAGAGCAUGUUAUAAUUCAAGUACACAUGUACAUGUAAUUUUAUGCAAGUUCGAUGUGUUUGAAAGUAGGUUAUGCUUAUUUACUGUAUGCAGCAUUUAUAUACGCUAUAUAGUUAAGUAUCAUUUAAUAAUUCGGAAAGUCAUAUGUCUUCCUAGUAUUUUUAUUAUGUCACCUUAGUGACUCAAGUCACUUAAUAAAACCAUAAAAAUUCA